UGCGAUAUGCACCCAAGCUCAUCGCGUCAGCAGAUGCCCGUGGCGCAGCCACUUUUUCCAUCAUCGCUUCUCUCCGUGGUACCGACAAUCAUCGAGAUGCUUGACGAUGUGCAGUUGGACAGUAAAGGGAAGUCAGUGAGUGAUAUUGCCAAGAAGAUUAUCUGGUCGUGCAUCGUUGAAGACCCUGCGCUCUUUCUGCGCCAUUUUUUGGAAAAAUUAACGAAUCGGGACCGUCAGGCAAGUUUGAGUUUCUCAACUAAUUUUUUGGAAAAGAAAUUCAGAAUGUGCUAUUAA